AUGUCGGAAACAGAAGAAAUGACACUGGAAGAAAAAGAAGAAGUAUCAACGUCGACAAGCCAAAGCCCCCAGUCUUCUUCGUUUGAAAACGUUUUUUGCGCGAUUUGCGGAGAUAGAGCAACUGGAAAACAUUACGGAGCGAUGAGUUGUGACGGGUGUAAAGGAUUUUUCCGGCGGACAAUUCGAAAACGGCACUCAUACGUCUGCCGAUUCGGAGAAAAGUGUCAAGUGGAUAAAGCGAAACGAAAUUCGUGUCGAAAAUGCCGAUUCGACGUGUGCCUGCGGAAAGGAAUGCGACGGGAUGCGGUACAAACAGAACGGGAUAGAAUUCGACCAGCAAAUCCGUUAAGCAACGGAAGUAAUGGAGGAAUAGUUCCAGAUGAUCCCCUUCUUGACACACUUAUCAGAGCCGAGGCAUCGACAAGAGGAUUACGGACAACAGUAAUCACAAAAACUGCAGAAGCUCGUAAACAGGCGACCACAAAUGAUGUAACAGACAGUAUGAAUCAGCAAUUAACACUAAUGGUUGAAUGGGCAAAGGUUUUGGAAGGAUUUCAGAGAGUUGAUAAUAUCACACAGGUUGCCUUGCUCAGGCACUUCUCAGCACAACAUCUUGUCAUGUGUGCAGCAUUCCGAAGCAUUCACUUAUCAGAUGCAGUUUGGCUGACAAAUGAGACAUGCCUGCACAAGGAUAGUCCAAAGAUCCCGGAUAUGAACCGAGUCGCUGAACGAAUAAUCGAUCAAGUGACGAAUCCAAUGAGAUCGUUACAUAUGAACGAAAUCGAGUAUAUCGCUCUGAAAGCUAUCGCCUUUUUUGAUCCAUUGGCAAAAGGAAUCACAAGCGAGUCGUACAGUGAUGUAGAGGAAAUGCGACAACGGAUUCUCGAAUCCUUCGAACGACAUGUCCGAUACGUGUCCCCUUACAAAGACAUGCCCCUCCGAUUUGCAAACCUUCUCCUACUCCUUCCUCCAAUGCUUGCGAUUUCCCGUGAUUUGGUAGAAGACGUUCAACUGGCAAAACUGUUCGGACUUGCUUCAAUUGACAAUCUGAUGCUUGAACUGAUGCUACCAAAUGAGGGAAAAAAUACAACUGACAAGACAUCACCUCCAAUUAUGUGCCAUCAAUAA